AUGGACGCGCAAGAGGCAGCACACAGGGCCACUGAACUCAAACUGCGGGAAGACAUCGCGCAACUUCAACACGAGAAAGCGGUCCUAAAGAGAAAGCUGGACACGGACAUAGCCAGUCUCGAUGAAGAAUGGAGUAAUUCGCUUGCGGACGUCAUACGUAUAGGGCGUCAGGAACAUCAUAAAGUCAUGGUGGCAGUGGAGAAAGAGGCUGCUCGUUAUGAGGAGAAGCUCGCGCAAUUGAGAGCCGAACUUGAGCACGAGCAGGCAUCUCGGCAGCACUUGCAAAGCGAGAAUGAACGCCUGCGCGCGAGCUUGAAGUGUCUUGGAGCAUCGGAAGCCUCGUAG